AUGAGCACUGAGGAAACACCCCUUCUAUCGGUACUGGCAGGCAAUCCGAGUUGUCAGACAUCUACCAUUGACGUAUACUCGCGUUUUUCUACAAGGAGGAAGAAAGUCGUCAUUGGAUUGGUUUCGUGGUGUGGUCUGAUACCAUUCUUUGUAAACGGGACAUUCACCCCCUCUGUCCCUCAAAUUGCGAGCGAUCUUAAUACUACCGGAUCCGUCGUAAAUUACGCGAUAAGUGUCUCGUGGAUUGCAGCAUCUCUUGGCGGAUUGAUUGGGGGUGCCUACUCGACAUUCUAUGGAAGAAGAAUCAUUUAUAACUACUCCCUUCCCUUGGUAGCCUUGGGUUCUAUGGGUGUGGCGAUAUCACAGAACAUACCUAUGCUCUUAUGUUGGCGCUUCCUACAGGCUCUCGGUGCGUCACCAAGUCAAGUUCUAGGAGCCGGCGUAAUUGGAGACAUAUACAAACUGGAGGAACGAGGAGGUGCUAUGGCUAUCUUUUUUGCAACCAUUCUCGUCGGGCCAUCUCUAGCUCCAGUUGCAGGAGGCUGGGUCGCCUUUUACUACUCCUGGAGAAUUAUGCAAGCAUCCCUGGGAGUCCUCGCCAUCCUUUCAUAUUUUGUGAUGUUCGUCUUCUUCCCAGAAACGAGUCACCCUGGUAGUCGUGGAAUCGACAAGGCACGAUCCCAAUGCUUCAAUCAAUCUGGAAGGGACAUCGGAUUUGUUUUCCUCAAUCCACUGCGAUUGAUGUUGCUAUUACGCAGUCCAAUCUUAUUGUCAAUCUCUGUUAUUCUCUCAGCUUCCGUUAUGACAGUCUUUGUUAUGUUGGUCCCUCUGGUUUAUACUGUCGGUGAACGUUACAACAUUUCGAGUGAAGCAUUAGUUGGAUUGUGUUUCUUGCCUACUGGCUUGGGGAACAUGGCUGGAGCUAUUGUAGUAGGAAGAAUUUCCGACUACACGGUAGUUCAAUGGCGUAGGAAGCGUGCUGGUGUUUGGUAUCCGGAGGAUCGGCUACGAGUAGCCAUUGUUCCCGCUGCUACUCUUGUGCCAAUCUCACUUAUCGCAUUUGGCCUGACUGUACGCUUUAUCGAUGGAACGCUAGGUUUGACAAUAUGUCUUUUUUGCCUCUUUCUCAACGGCCUAGGUGUACAAAUGACAUUUGGCCCAUGUGCCGCUUAUCUUGUGGACAUUAUGCAAUCCAGAAGUGCGGAAGCUCUGGCUGCCAAUAGCGGCCUUCGAUCUUUCAUAGUUGCAGGAGGGAUUGCUAUCGUCCUUCCGAUGAUCAACUGCUUUGGCAUAGUUGUUACUAACAGUGUAUUUGCAUUGGUUGCUUGGUUGACGCUCAUAUUACUGUGCGUUGUCAUAAACUAUGGGGAUCGCUUGAGGGCAUGGGUCGAUGUUGGUUUUGUAUCUGUCGACGAUAAUUGA